AUCGAGAAGGAGCCUCUACAACGGCCUAACUCUGCAAGGGAUGGGCUCAGAGAACAGCGCUUUAAAGAGCUACACGCUGCAAGAACCGCAGUUUACGCUGCCAACCGGACGCACGAUUUACCCAGCCGUGCUGCAGGAUGGCAAACGUGCUUCGGUCUUUGUCUACAAGAGAGAGAAUGAAGAUACAGUUAAUAAAGCUGCCAAGCACCUGAAAACCUUGCGCCACCCUUGCCUUCUACGCUUCCUCUCCUGUACCGUGGAAGCAAAUGGGAUCCACCUGGUCACAGAACGUGUGAAACCCUUGGAGAUGGUCCUGGAGACUCUCUCUUCUGCUGAGAUCUGUGCAGGGAUCUACGAUGUGCUACUGGCUCUCAUCUUCCUCCAUGACAGGGGAAACUUAACACAUAACAAUGUGUGUUUAUCAUCUGUCUUUGUAAGUGAGGAUGGACACUGGAAACUGGGAGGAAUGGAAACAGUCUGCAACUUUAAUGAAGCCACGCCAGAGUUCCUCCGUCACGUGAAGUCUGUGCGAGACCCAUCGUGCAUCCCCUGCGAGGAGAUGUCCACAGAUUUCAAAAUUCUCCCCAACAGCCAUGGAUACGCACGGGAUGCUUAUGCCUUUGGAAUGAUGGUUGAAAACCUCCUGACUCUCCUAAAUGAUCAGGUUUCAGCAGAUAUUCUCUCCAGCUUUCAGCAAACGUUGCACCGUACGCUACUGAAUCCAGAUCCAAAGUGUCGUCCACCACUGUCCAGCUUAUUGUCGCAUGAGUUCUUCAGGAAUGACUUUCUGGAAGUUGUGAACUUUCUGAAGACCUUAACGCUAAAGUCUGAGGAGGAAAAAACUGAAUUUUUCAAGUUCAAACUGGACAGAGUGGCCUGCUUGUCAGAGGAGCUGAUCGCAUCACGACUGGUGCCUCUCUUACUCAAUCAGCUCGUGUUUGCUGAACCUGUAGCUGUCAAGAGUUUUCUUCCUCAUCUGCUCGGUCCAAAGAAAGAGCAAACUGGAGAAAGCCAAACCAACUGCCUGCUGUCACCAGCCUUAUUCCAGACUCACGUGAUCCCUGUGCUGCUGAAACUCUUUGAGGUUCACGAAGAGCACGUCCGAAUGGUGUUGCUGUCUCACAUCCAUGCCUACGCAGAGCUGUUCUCUCGGGAGGAGUUGAAAAACAUCAUAUUGCCACAGGUAUUGCUGGGCCUUCGAGAUACCAGCGACUCUAUCGUUGCAAUAACUCUGCACAGCUUAGCAGUUCUCGUCUCCCUGCUCGGACCCGAGGUAGUUAUAGGUGGUGAAAGAACUAAGAUUUUCAAAAGCUCUGCACCAAGUUUCAUGAAAACUACUGAUCUCUCUCCAGAAGUGUCCCCCACUCAUGUCGUAAGCAACCCGAGACAUCCAGCGCCUCGGCCCUUGAAGAGUAACGUUAGCGUGUUCCCUGCCUCUGGAAACGGCCCUGCCAAGAAACAAUCUGUGCAACAAGACAGUCCCCUGGCUUUAAAGACAGGUGAACGAGACGUUCUGCUGCCUCUGAAUGGAGUUCCUGGAAGCAUUAACCCACUAGGGAGCAUCAGGAGUUCUUUGACUGCCUCUGAAAAGCCAGCAGAGGAGUGGCCAGACUGGAGCGAGGCAGAGGAGACGGACACUGAGAAAACUGUGAACAUCCAAAUUCAGCCCCGAGAGUCAGAGGGGAGAGUGGGACCUUACUUUGCUAACCACAAUGUUGAUGAGAAGCCAUGGGAUGACCUCGAGCCCAGCAGCCCUAGCCCUGAACUGUCCUCAGGAACCUGCCUCACUGUGACACAAGCUGAUGCAGUUCAGCUGCAGAGGCCUCUACCAAGGACCCAUGCACUGAGCCAAGAAUUUAAAAGCCUCAAACUGAGUUCCCCCCCAAAGUCUCACUCUGGGAGUAGUUGGAGCAGUGACAAGUGGGACCCCCAGGAACAACUGGGAGAGACUUUUCAGGAAAAGUCCAAGUCUUUAUCAGAGUCUGGUCUAGGAGAAGAGUUCACUAUCCAAGUGAAAAGAAAACCAGUGCAAGACCCAGAGCUAGACUGGUUUGCUGACAUGAUCCCAGACAUUAAACCAUCUUCAGCAAUCUUGAUUUUACCUGAAGUGAGGACAGAAGAAGUUGCUCCCACUCACUCUGGUGCAGUAUCCAGCAGAGAAGGCGCCUCCCAGAAUAUGCUGUUUUCAUCCAAAUUUGCAGCAAUUGAUGUUACUGAGGCAGAAGCCACAGGCUGGGGCGAAGAGGAGGAGUUGAACUGGGAAGAUGACACUAACUGGUAAGGAGCGUGAGAGAGACAAGGGCUUCACAGUGUGU